AGAGGUGGCGACUCACACAAACUCAGAUCACAGGAAGAGGCUACGGGGGCUGGAUAUAUCUUGCUACUAGUGCUCCAUCUCAUUUUUUUUUUUUUUUUAACUUUUCUAAGUUAUUUUAUCAUGACAGCCGUAAUGCCGUGGAAGGAUUUGGGCACAGAUCCUCGCCCUCCUCUUCGGCAACGUGAUGAAGAGGGAAAAGAGAUCAAAGGCACCAUUGGACGCAGGAUCGCUCUACAGGCUAAUUACUUCGAGGUCACCCCAAGGACACCAAACAUUCAGCUGGCUCAUUAUGAUGUUGUUAUAAAGGAUUAUAAGAAAGAAAUUGUCCCAAUCUCCAAGAAGAAACGCAUGGCUAUAUUCAUGGAAAUGGUCAACACGAAUCCUGACAUAUUCCAGAAUCAUCCCAUUGGAUUUGACUCUGAGAAAAAUGCCUACAGUGUGAAAGUAAUCCCAGUGUUAAGGAAAUCUUCAAAGGAGUUUGCUGUGAAUAUUAAGUUUGACGGUGAGAGAAACAGACAAUUCUUUGUAACUUUAACAAAGGUAAAUACGGCAUCCUUGCAAGAAAUUUUCAAAGCUAUCAGGGCCCCAAGAGAACGAAGAGAAAAUGUCCCACAAUUUAUAUUUCAGAUGUUAGAAGUAAUGUUUCAACAUAAUCCAAGCAUCUGUUAUGAAAGAGUUGGCCGCAAUAGCUUUUAUUCCAUGGACCAUGCAUUUGGUGCCCCCUAUGACAUUGGUGGUGGAAAGAAUGCUGUGGUGGGAUUCUUUGGCUCCCUCAGGCCUGCUCAUUGGAAAAAUGGAUCACUUUUACUCAAUGUUGAUGUUGUACAUACAGCUUUUUAUAAGGAACAAAGUGUCUUGGAUUUUAUGAAGGAAGCCUUGAAGUUUAAUGAUAAGGACUUCGAGAAACCAUUACGACCUGAUAAGAAGGAUGCACUUCAGAGAGCAUUAAGGAAAAUGAAAGUUCAAGCGACUCACACUCAGAUUCCUCGAACAUACACAGUCACAGAUGUGGGAGAGCUUGGGGCAGCGCGUCAAACUUUUCCACGGGAUGUAGGUGAAGGCAGAACUGAACAGUGUACAGUGGAAAAGUAUUUAUUGGACACUUAUGGAAAACCACUGAGGUAUCCACAUCUCAAUUGCUUGAAAGUUGGACCAAUACACAGAAAUAUCUUUAUACCAAUUGAAUGUUGCAAGAUUGCAAAAGGACAAAAGGUAGCAAAGAAGCUCAGUGACCAAGAGACAUCACAGUUUAUUCGUAGUACUGCCAAAUUGCCUGUGCAGAGGCUUAAGACCGUCAAGGAUAUUGUUCGCAAUCAGAACUUCUCGUCAGACCCCAUGAUGAGAGCUCUACAGUUUUCCAUAUCAGAUCAGCCAGUAAGUUUGGAUGGACGCGUUUUGCCUGCCCCUAAACUACAGAUGAAUACCGAGCUGAUACCUGAAAAGGGUGUCUGGGAUGCCCGAAAUAGAACAUUCUUUUCAAGUGCCAGCUUGGAAUGUUGGGCUGUUGUUAACUACAGUGCAAGAUAUGUUGAAGAGAGAUCAUUGACUUUAUUUCUUAAUAGUCUUGUGAAAAUGGGACGUGAGCGAGGAAUGACUAUCUUUGAGCCAGUAGAACAGAAAAUGGAGUGCCAAGACAUUAAUAAAAUUGAUACAGAGAAAGAUUUUUUAUACCUCAAGAAAAAACAUCCCAAGAUACAGAUGAUAUUGGUUGUAAUACCAAAUUCCAAAGAACUUUACAGUAAGGUGAAAAAGGCUGGUGAUCAAAUUGUAAAGAUUGUUACCCAGUGUGUUAAAGAAGGUAACGUUACGAAGAACCAACCGGCCACUGUUGGAAACAUCUUGCUCAAGAUCAAUGCUAAGAUGGGAGGAACGAACAACGUACUUGGGACAACAUCUCGUCCUUUUGUCUUUAAAACUCCAGUAAUGAUCAUGGGUGCAGAUGUCAACCAUCCACAAGCAUCUGAUAAAGUAACUCCUUCAUUAGCAGCAGUUGUGGCCUCCAUAGAUAAAUUUGCUUCUAAGUACGCUGUAGAAGUACGGCACCAAAAACAUCGUAAAGAGAUGAUAUUGGACCUCAAAGAAAUGACAAAUUUUGUUUUCAGGAAUCUUCUAAGAACAUUUUACCAGACUACACGCUACAAACCAGACAGGAUUGUUAUGUAUCGUGAUGGUGUGAGCGAGUCCCAGUUUCCAGAGGUGUUGUCUUAUGAACUGCAAGCUAUGCGUGAUGCAUGCACUGAACUGCAAAAAGACUACACUCCAGCCAUGACAUUUGUUGUUGUCCAAAAGAGACAUCAUACAAGAUUAUUCUGCCAAGACCGUGAUGGGGUAGGAAAAUCCAAAAAUAUUCCUCCAGGUACUACAGUGGAUACAGAUAUUACUCAUCCUUUAGAGAGAGACUUCUACUUAUGUUCACAUCAGGGUAUCCAAGGAACAAGCAGACCAUCACACUACCAUGUAUUGUGGGAUGACAGUGACUUGUCAAUGGAUGAUAUUCAAACCCUUACUUACGCAAUGUGCCACUUGUACUCUCGUUGUACUCGUUCAGUGUCCAUUCCCACUCCGGCUUCUUAUGCACAUUUGGUGGCAUUCAGAGCGAAGGUACACAUCCAGGACCUGUGUCCCAGCGAGACGUCAUCUCUAGCAUCAGGAGAGGAAGAAGGCCCAUCUGAUGCUGCCAUAGCCCAAGCUGCCAAAAUGGAUUGUGCUAGUGAACUAGCCUCUAAACUCUAUUUUGUGUAAUUUAUCCUUUGAAAUUCAAGUGUUCUUCAAUAUUUAAGUGGACUAAAUGUAUAUAUUGUUAUGAAUUAUCUGAAGAAUAUUCAGAUUUUGUUGAAACCUUGCAUACAUUUUUUUUUAACAGCCAAAGGUAUUGCCAAAAUAAAAAUGAAAAUGAAUUGUGAAAUAUGGUCCAGUAAAGUAAGGGGAUAAUAUAUACUGUAUAUAUAAAUUAUUAGUGACUUAGAAUAAGCCAAUAUUGUACCUGGAUUAUUUGUAAUGGUUUCCUAAAGACUACAAUUACUUUACGUUGGUGUGUAUUAUGCAUGCUUGUUUAAAUAUUGUUUUUUUUUAAACAUAUAAAAGCAGCAGAAGAAUUAAGGUAAAGCAUUCAACAAAAGUGAGAGUAGACUUGGAAUAGGAGUGUUUGGUAUAGUGAUAAACAUGAAUAAGUGAAAAUAUACGAAGAACAGCAGAGGACAAAUUUAAGCUUGCGUUCCAGCCUGUUCUCUCGAGUUGUCACAAGUUGCCACAACACAGAAAAUCAGGGCUACUAAAAUGUGCGAGCUGAAGUGACUUAUGCAACCUAACAGAUCCAUGCAUAGAAAAUGUGGUGGUUUGCAAGAUACUAAUUUUCAUAGUACUCCUUAUUUUGUCCAUUUUGGAUUCUAGCCUUAAAUUAGUGAAUUAUUUGAAAUUUGAUGUGUAAAAUUUGAAAAAAUACAAUUUGAGGGUUAUGAACAGAUACAUUGUAGCAUAAUUUGAGGAUUAUUUUAAGGUAUAAUGCAGUUAAAUGUGUAUGUUCAAUAUAACAACUAUGAUAUAAGAUGAUAGAAAUGAUUACAAUGGUGAAGUUGUAUGGCUUAGGUAGAUAUAUUGGGGGAUUGGGUAGCAUUAGAUACAGUGUGAGUUUAAAGCACUAGGUAGGAAACUAUGA